GUCACGCCAGCGUCGGCCACGUUCAGCGGAGACGGGAGCAAGAUGGCGAUUCCGGGCAGGCAGUAUGGGCUUAUUUUGCCAAAGAAAGCACAGCAGUUACAUCCUGUUUUGCAAAAGCCAUCAGUGUUUGGGGAUGAUUCUGAUGAUGAUAAUGAGACCUCCGUGAGUGAAAGCCUUCAGAGGGAAGCUGCAAAGAAGCAAGCGAUGAAACAGACCAAACUGGAAAUCCAGAAGGCCCUUGCUGAAGAUGCCACUGUAUAUGAGUAUGACAGUAUUUAUGAUGAAUUGCAGAAGAAAAAAGAAGAAAAUAAUCCGAAGUUGCUUUUGGGAAAAGACCGGAAGCCAAAGUAUAUUCACAACUUGCUAAAAGCAGUUGAAAUCAGAAAAAAAGAACAGGAAAAACGAAUGGAAAAGAAAAUACAGAGAGAGAGAGAAAUGGAAAAGGGAGAAUUUGAUGAUAAAGAGGCAUUUGUGACAUCUGCUUAUAAGAAAAAACUGCAGGAGAGAGCUGAAGAGGAAGAAAGAGAAAAGAGGGCUGCUGAACUUGAAGCUCGUUUGGAUGUAACCAAGCAGAAAGAUCUUAGCGGAUUUUAUAGGCAUCUGUUAAAUCAAGCAGUUGGCGAAGAGGAAGUACCUUCAUGCAGCUUUCGUGAAGCCAGGCUUGAGAUUAAAGAAGAGAAACCAAGGGGUUAUCCUGAUGAAGUAAUAUCAAAGAACAGAGCUUCACAUGAAAAAAGCAGCCUCCAGACUGUUGUGAAAGUAGAGAAUAACCCAGAUGCAGACAGUGACUUUGAUAAGAGCAGUGAAGAUAAUGAAGUGGGAGAAAAUAGUGAAGUGAACUGCAGGAGGGCAGGGGGUGCUGAAACCUCCAAGAAAGAUUCCAAGCAUCACAGAAAUCAAGCUCGUUCACAGUCAUCUAGUGAAGAAAGAGAGCAUACUACCAAAUACCACUCCAAAAGUUCCAAGUCAAGAGGACAUGAGAAAAGGGAGAGUCAGUACCAGUCCAGGGACCAGGAGAACUAUUACACUGACCGUGAAUACCGAAAAGAAAAGGAUUCCCAUAGGCACAGAGAAUCCAGUCAUAGAGACUCCCACUGGAAACGGCAUGAGCAAGAAGAUAAACUGAGGGGAAGAAGUCAUAGAGAACGAAGUGACAGAGAAUGGAGAAAGGAGAAAGACAGAGAGAAAUACACCGCAAGAGAACAAGAAAGAGAUAGACAACGAAGUGAUCAUGACCGGCACAGUGUGCAAGGAGAGAAGGAAGAAAAAAUCAAAGAAAAGGAAGAACAUACGAAAGCAAGGAAAGAGACAUAUGACAACAGUGAUAAACACAGAAACAGAGAAAAACGAGAAGGAAGUGUUCAAUUUUCAGAAAAAAAUCAAGAGAGAAAAGAAAGCAACCCAAAUCAUAGGACAAAAGAUAAAUUUCCUGACGAGGAAAGACACAGUAAAAUGAAACACGUGGAAAAGGACAAAGAAAGACAUGAAGAGAAACCAUCUAGUUCUGAGACACCACUGGGAGCAAAACACAGAAUCACAGAGGAAAACCAAGAGACUGACAAAGAACAUACAACUCCACGUGAAGCAGUGAGCAAGUUUGCAAAGCGGAACAAUGAAGAAACUGUAAUGUCAGCUAGAGACAGAUACUUGGCCAGGCAAAUGGCACGGGUUAAUUCAAAGACAUAUAUUGAGAAGGAAGAAGACUGAUGACUGCCCGUGUAGGAAGAGCUGUGGAAGUCUAGAUUAAUAACUGUCAGACUGUAUGUGUGAAUGCAUAAAAGAGCGUUUUGAUUGUAGUUGGGAGAGAAUUUAAAGUAUUUUUUAAAAUUAAAGUAUUUUUUCAAAAUUCAGUUUUUGUUUAGGUUUAUCUGAAAAGUCAGUUCUUUUAUGUGAUUGCCUAAAUUGAUGCUAUAAUAUUUAUUUACCAAUACCACUUUGUUGGUUGUAUGCAAGCAACCUUAAUAGUGUGCUAAAUUCGGGGACGUAAUGAGGAAAAUUAGCUCCACUAUAAAUGUAGAACAGUUCUGAUACUGGUUUGUGUGAGGGCUUGUUCAUUUUGUAAGUAUUGUGUUUCAGAUAAAGAUAUAUGGAUUUGAAUAAUGGAAAAUACUACUGCUGUACUUUAUUUCUGAAAUUUGUAUAAAAAUGUAAACAUGGAUCAGA